UAGUGUGAAAAAAGUCAGUAAAUCAAUCGAGAAUCCUAUUGGUUACACAAAUCCCUUUCUUCCUCCUCCGCCGUUGGUGGCCCAAAACCUGAAACCAGGGGGGCCCUCCUCCACUAACCAGCGGUGUUUCCGGCCGCCACCUAAUACAUCUUCACGUGACAAAUUUCACAAAAAUAAAUUAAUUAUUUUAUCGAUCAGCCCAUAAAAAAAAAAAAAAAAAAUUCCUUGUCAAUUUCACCACUAGAUUCCAAUCCCACAGCGCCAUCAAUUCCUCCUAUAAAAACCCCCCCACCAACUCCACCACCUCACUCCACCCAACGAGGGAAAAAGAAAAGAAGAAAAAAAAAAUGCUGCUGAGAAGUUCUUCUACGCCGAUCUUGAAUUCAUGGCUGCACAAUUCAACAGCCGGGUCCGGGUCCGGGUCCGGGUCUUCGCCCGAGUCCGACAGCCUGCCCCAGUUAACGAGGGCGCGAUCUUUCUCCCUGACGGUGUGUUCCGAGGAGGGUUUGGGGAGGAGCAACCCCACCGCCACCCCGACCCGGCACGUGUUCGAUUCGGAUCUCAAAGAUCCGGCUAAGCCCAAGAAGGGUUUGAGGCUGCCCACUUCCCCGAAACCCGCGAAAUUCAAGGAGAGGACAGAUGGGGUGCAGGAUGCGGGAUCCAUUUUCCUUUCGAGCUCCGGUUUGGGUGCUGCGGAGGAGCGGUGUUCGGCGGCGCCGGAGAGGGGGCCGCAGACGCUGGUGGUGGGCGGAGGGGUUGGGGGAGGCGGGGGCGGCGGUCUGUGCGGCGGCGGGAGGGGAUCGGGAGACGGGUCGGGUUCGCGGGAUCCGGGUAAUUGGCGUGGGCGUGAGAGUACGGAAGCCUACUAUGAAAUGAUGAUACAAGCUAACCCUGGAAACCCUCUCUUGCUUACAAAUUAUGCUCAAUUCUUGAAAGAGGUUAAGGGAGACUUGGCAAAGGCGGAGGAGUAUUGCGGAAGGGCGAUUUUGGCGAACCCGAGUGACGGAAAUGCGUUAUCUCUUUACGCAGAUCUAAUUUGGCAGACGCAAAAAGAUGCCGUUAGAGCCGAAUCUUAUUUCAAUCAAGCUGUUAAAUCCGACCCUAAUGACUGCUAUGUACUGGCUUCAUAUGCUCGAUUCUUGUGGGAUGCCGAAGAUGAAGAAGAGGACGAAGACGUAAAAAAAAGCCAAUACGAAACGGAAACGAGUAAUAGUUGUAAUUCGAAGUUCUUGAAACAAGAAUCUCACUGGCCUCCUCUAGCUGCAGCUUCUUAAUGUAAUGUCUUUUUUCUUUUUUUUUUUUUUUUUUUUUGCUUUUCUCUAAUAUAGUUUGCUAACCGCAUGUAAUAAUAAUCUUGAAUCUUGGUGAUGGUAUAAUGUAAAUAUUAAAAAAAAUAAAAUAAAAAUUCAAGAUUUUGACUGUAA